AAGAAGAGAAAGAAUCUUCCGGAAUAGCUAGCACGAGCUGCAGCGUUCUUUCAAUGUAUUCUUUGUGUGUUUAGUUUUCCGAAACUCCGUUUUAUUUUAUUUUUACUGAAGUAUGGCUUUAACGCCACUUGUUUACUGGGCUCAACGCCACGAAGAGAUCUUCUUGCGAGUGGAGCUGAGUGACGCGCAGCGUAUUGAUGUCCAAAUUCACGAGAACGUUCUGAAGUUUCAAGCUCUUGGCCACGGAGCCAAAGGACAACAUCACUAUGAGUUCAACCUGGAGUUUCUCUUACCGGUCAAACCUGAGGUGGAACACAAGUCCACACAGCGACAGGUGAACAUUAAAGUGCGGAAAGAGCAGCGGGGUUGGUGGGAAAGACUCACUAAAGAGGUGCGAAAACCUAUCUUCCUGGCGCCCGACUUUGACCGUUGGCUGGAUGAAUCGGAUGCUGAGAUGGAGAUACGCGAAAGGGAGGAGAAGAAAAGGAUGAAAGCGUCCAGAUAUAAAGAAGACAAUUUUGUCAGCAUGAAAACAGGGUUCCUGUUCAUGUACAACUUGGUGCAGUUUCUGGGUUUUUCGUGGAUUUUUGCCAACAUGACAAUACGACUUGUCAUGUUUCGUCAAGAUUCUUUCUAUGACACAUUCCACAGCAUCUCAGAUGUCAUGUUCUUCUGCCAGACCCUGGCAGCUGUGGAGGUCCUCAAUGCUGCGUUUGGUGUUGUCAAGACGGGCGUGUUUCCCACUCUGAUCCAGGUUGUAGGAAGGAACUUCAUUCUCUUCAUCAUCCUCGGAGGUGUGGAGCAAAUGCACAACAAGCCAGUCGUCUUCUUUAUUUUCUACCUAUGGAGCGCCAUUGAAAUCUUUCGGUAUCCGUUCUACAUGCUGGGAUGCUUCAAUACAGAGUGGAAGAUGCUGACGUGGAUGCGAUACACCAUCUGGAUACCACUGUACCCGUUGGGCACUAUAGCUGAAGCUGUGGCCGUGAUUCAGUCCAUUCCCAUAUUUGAUGAGACCAAACUCUUCAGUGUCCCACUGCCCAAAUCCUUGGGAACAUCAGUCAGCUUCUCCUACGUGCUUUAUGUCUACCUUGUGGUCAUGUUUCUAGGGCUCACCAUCAACUUCCGUCAUCUCUACAGGCAGAGGAAUAAACGCUUCCGCACCAAGAAGAGGAAAACACACUGAGGUUCCAUCUCGAUCUGAGAAGUCUGGGACAGGAACAUCCCUGGACCAGUGAUGCACAUUUUUAAUGUCUCCUAAAAUAACCUCCCCAGAUGAAGUAAUUACUAUUUGAUACAAAAAAACAAUACUAAGACAAUACUGGCUGCCUGAAAUAACCAGUUAUGUAAUUGUUUGAUACAAAUGUUUUUAAUUUAUUCUGAAUCAUGUACUGCAAUCAUUCCAAAUGUCACAUAAAAUCGA